GCUCCAAUUUGACCCCUAACCUGGGAACUUCUAUAUGCUGCAGGUGCAGCAUUAAAAAGCAAAAAAAAAUUUAAAAGUGAACUGACAAGGUUGUUACAAUUUUCCACUUACCCUAGUAUUUCUCCAUAGUCUCAAGUCAUUCUAAAGUUCUGUGGAGUCAUAAAGUAUAUUAUAAUCUUAUCAGAAAUAUAAAUCUCCAAGGCCCAACAUUUUAUUGCAAACUUUGCAAGAUUUUUUUCUUUUUUUUUUUGCCAAGAAAAGGUCUCGAUUGUAUGCAGAUAUCACAUCUAAAUGACAACUCAGUAGUUUAAAAACACCUGACAGGUGCUUUCAGAAAACAUAAAACAGAUUAACCCCAUACAGUAAUCCUUUUUGGUACACAAAGAUAAAAUGUAGUAGAGUUAUAAUUGAAGACUUUAUUACCUGAGUCACACUUCCGAUUAAAAAAUUGUCUGCCAUGUUUUUUUGUGACUUUUAUUUUUUUACUUACCACUCUAGUAAUCCAAGAAAAAAAAAAUCAGUCCAAGGAACAGGAAGUUCCUAUUAUUAAGAGAUGUUAUCAUAUUUUUAAAGCACAAUAUUAGAAGUUAGCACUUAAGUUCCUAUUUACAGGGACUCCAGAGAUGAGAGAUUUCUAUGAUCUUAUUAUCCUUCACAACCCAACAUUAUGGUUAUUUAAAUAACUAGAAAAAAAGGGGGAGGGAGAAGCUGAGUACAGAUUUUUGCAAACUAUGGUGAUGUUUCAUUUUGUUUCACUGCUCCCUGACAACAAAUAUUUUCUCUCUUUUUUUUUUUUUUUUUUUUGAGUAAACUACCGUGUACCUGUUUCUUUCCCUACUCCCCAAGUGUGGUAUACCCUUCCACAUAACGAAUACAUAUUUUGGGUUAUGUUUGGAGAUUUUUUUUUUCUUUUGAAGGCUUUGAACCAAAAUGCCUAAACAGACAGUAGGCUAAAACAUGAAUAUUUCUCAUAGGUGAAAAUAAUUAUUUGGGGAAUGCUGAUAAGCAUUCGAACUCAUCUGACUUGGAAGGUGGACCUUUACAUCAGAUCAAGUAACUGAAAAAUGGGAUUAGAAAGUUUCAAAAAUUAUUAACUGGGGACGACUCAAGACUGAUCUGAGGACGAGAAAAAUAAUGAAGUGUAAAGGAAUUUUUAUUUUGAAAAAAGUUUUCAAAAGAGCGAAGCAGGACACCACCGUGAAAGAUGUGUUUCCUUCCACAGAUAUAAAAAGGUUGUUAACUAAGACCCGCAGCUACAGUUAUGAAAGAAACCGUCAACUAUAUUGCAGUACGUUAAACUGAGACAGUUAUUAACGUCCUUCGUGUUGCACUUUUGUUGCGAUUAGGCACGCACUCUCCACCCCGCCCUCCAGGCGGGAACCUAGAAAGGUUGUAAAAGUUUUUUUUUUUUUACUGAACCGGGCGUGCGCUAUCCAGAAACGAAUCAAAAAGCGUCACAGCGUGUCAACAACCCGGUCUGUAUUUUCUCUCCGCCUCCUCAGGUAUCCGGCUCUUACCGGACUUCAGGUCUCCGAGGGAGGCUUUGUCUAAAGUCGCCUAAGCGUAGGAAGCGGCGGGAGGUGACCACAGUUGCCAAACAGUUGGGUUCCCCGGCUGCCUGGUGUGACGCAUCAGCCCCCCUCCCAGACAAGCGUUCAGACCCGGCGGGGGGCCCAUAGGAGCCGCAGGCCAAGGCCAGGGCAACUAGACCCCACGCACGACCCCACCCUUGCGGCUUAUCCAGCACAGCCCUUCCGCAGCUCCCCGAACCCCAUUAUAGUCUUCAAAAUUUCCCCACCCCCGUUUCCCUAGUUCCUUCUCAGCCUCUCGGUCGCGACGUCCUUACGCAACCGUCCCGAGUGACAGGAGCGUCCAUACCCGCAUGGAGCGAGCUUGCAGCUCCCGCUUCCCGGACAUUCAACUUGGGCCACUAAGGUAGGGAGCUGGAGCAAGGAUCACCGACCCACCGCCGUAACCAGAGUCCGACAGCCUCUGCGCGGCCUGCGUGCGCGUUCCACCAGUGCCCCCACCACUCGCCACCCCACCAAUCACUUUAUUCCUACGCCCCACGACUCCAAAACGUAGCCCCACCCACCCACCGCGCGCCAGCUGGUGGAGUUCGGCGUGCGCGCGCCCGCUCGUCCGCCUCGCGUCCAGUGGGGAAGGGGAGUGAGCAGAGCUUACGUCGCGCGGGAGGCGGAGACGUCGGCGACCUCGGUGGCGGCGGCGGCGGAGGCGGCUACGACGGAGACGGUUGCGCUCGCUCUCUCGGCGUCAUGGCGGCUGCCGGGAGCCGAUAAGCGGCGGGAGCGAGAGCGCGCGCGUGGCCGCGGCGACGACGACGGCUUGUUAGUUCUCGCUUUUGCUGCCCUCGCCGUUGGUGCUUCAAUAAUGAAUUGAUUAUUGGAUCCGCUCCACAGGGGAUCACGCGUUGGAGCCGCGGGCCGGGGCUUCCCCUUCCCCUCCGCGUCUUUCCCCUCCCCCUUUCCCCUCACGGACUCCUGCUUACCCCGAAACGCCCGGAGCCCGAGGACUCACUCCGCGACAGAGACCGCGGGCCCGGGCGCGGGGGAGGCCGCCGAUCCAGUCGGCUCCCUCCGCCCCGCGAAGCCUGAACGCCUGCCGGUGAGUCAGAAAGGGUCCCAGGAAACCUGUGAAUGUUGAAGAAAAUUCGUCUGUGAAUUUGUGGUAUUCAAACAGGAGUCAGUAUUUAUAUUCAUCUUUUAAACUGGGAAGAUUUAUAUUUUAUUUUAAACCUUCUUGAUAUUUACAAUGAAUGGACACAGUGAUGAAGAAAGUGUUAGAAACAGUAGUGGAGAAUCAAGCCAGUCAGAUGAUGAUUCUGGGUCAGCUUCAGGUUCUGGAUCUGGUUCGAGUUCUGGAAGCAGCAGUGAUGGAAGCAGUAGCCAGUCAGGUAGCAGUGACUCUGACUCUGGAUCUGAAUCGGGCAGUCAGUCAGAGUCUGAGUCGGACAAUUCCCGAGAAAAUAAAGUUCAAGCAAAACCACCAAAAGUUGAUGGAGCUGAGUUCUGGAAAUCUAGCCCUAGUAUUCUGGCUGUUCAGAGGUCUGCAAUGCUCAAGAAGCAGCAGCAGCAGCAGCAUCAAGCUUCAUCUAAUAGUGGAUCAGAAGAGGAUUCCUCCAGCAGUGAAGAUUCUGAUGACUCAUCAAGUGAGGUCAAAAGGAAAAAGCAUAAAGAUGAAGAUUGGCAGAUGUCUGGGUCGGGAUCUCCAUCUCAGUCUGGUUCAGAUUCGGAAUCUGAAGAAGAAAGAGAGAAAAGUAGUUGUGAUGAAACAGAAUCUGACUAUGAGCCAAAAAACAAAAGUAGAAAACCUCAGAAUAGAUCAAAGUCAAAAAAUGGAAAAAAGAUUAUUGGACAAAAAAAGAGGCAGAUUGAUUCAUCUGAGGAGGAGGAGGAGGAUGAAGAUUAUGAUAAUGAUAAAAGAAGUUCUCGUCGCCAAGCAACUGUCAAUGUUAGUUAUAAGGAAGAUGAAGAAAUGAAAACAGAUUCUGAUGACCUAUUAGAAGUCUGUGGAGAGGAUGUUCCUCAACCUGAGGAAGAGGAAUUUGAAACAAUAGAACGGUUUAUGGAUUGUCGGAUUGGGAGAAAAGGAGCUACUGGUGCUACUACAACCAUCUAUGCAGUUGAAGCAGACGGUGACCCGAAUGCAGGAUUUGAAAAAAACAAGGAACCAGGAGAGAUCCAGUAUUUAAUUAAAUGGAAAGGAUGGUCACAUAUCCACAAUACUUGGGAGACAGAAGAAACCCUAAAGCAACAGAAUGUUAGAGGAAUGAAAAAAUUAGAUAAUUAUAAGAAAAAAGAUCAGGAAACAAAAAGAUGGUUGAAAAAUGCUUCUCCAGAAGAUGUGGAAUAUUACAAUUGCCAGCAAGAACUUACAGAUGAUCUCCACAAGCAGUAUCAAAUAGUGGAGCGAAUAAUUGCUCAUUCCAAUCAAAAGUCAGCUGCUGGCUAUCCUGAUUAUUACUGCAAAUGGCAGGGCCUUCCAUACUCAGAAUGCAGCUGGGAAGAUGGAGCUCUCAUUUCAAAAAAGUUCCAAGCAUGCAUAGAUGAGUAUUUUAGCAGGAAUCAAUCAAAAACCACUCCUUUUAAAGAUUGCAAAGUAUUAAAACAAAGGCCAAGAUUUGUAGCCCUAAAGAAGCAGCCGUCCUAUAUUGGAGGACAUGAGGGUUUAGAAUUAAGAGAUUAUCAACUGAAUGGUUUAAAUUGGCUUGCUCAUUCUUGGUGCAAAGGAAAUAGUUGCAUACUUGCUGAUGAGAUGGGCCUUGGAAAAACAAUACAGACUAUCUCAUUUUUAAAUUAUUUGUUUCAUGAACACCAAUUAUAUGGACCUUUUCUAUUAGUAGUACCACUCUCUACUCUCACUUCCUGGCAAAGGGAGAUUCAGACAUGGGCUUCUCAAAUGAAUGCUGUGGUUUAUUUAGGUGACAUCAACAGCAGAAACAUGAUAAGAACUCAUGAAUGGAUGCAUCCCCAGACUAAACGGUUAAAAUUUAAUAUCCUGUUAACAACUUAUGAAAUCUUACUGAAGGAUAAGGCAUUCCUUGGAGGUCUGAAUUGGGCAUUUAUAGGUGUAGAUGAAGCACAUCGAUUAAAGAAUGAUGACUCUCUUCUGUACAAAACUUUAAUAGAUUUUAAGUCCAAUCACCGUCUCCUUAUCACUGGAACUCCUCUACAAAACUCCCUCAAAGAGCUCUGGUCUUUGCUACAUUUCAUUAUGCCAGAAAAGUUUUCUUCCUGGGAAGAUUUUGAAGAAGAACAUGGCAAAGGCAGAGAAUAUGGUUAUGCAAGCCUCCACAAGGAGCUUGAGCCGUUUCUGUUACGCAGGGUUAAGAAAGAUGUGGAAAAAUCUCUUCCUGCCAAGGUUGAACAGAUUUUAAGAAUGGAAAUGAGUGCUUUACAGAAACAAUAUUACAAAUGGAUAUUAACUAGGAAUUACAAAGCCCUCAGCAAAGGUUCCAAGGGCAGUACCUCAGGCUUUUUGAAUAUUAUGAUGGAGCUAAAGAAAUGUUGUAACCAUUGCUACCUCAUUAAACCACCAGAUAAUAAUGAAUUCUAUAAUAAACAGGAGGCCUUACAACACUUAAUCCGUAGUAGCGGAAAAUUAAUUCUUCUUGACAAACUGUUAAUUCGCCUAAGAGAGCGAGGCAAUAGAGUUCUUAUUUUUUCUCAAAUGGUGCGGAUGUUAGAUAUACUUGCAGAAUAUUUGAAAUAUCGUCAGUUCCCCUUUCAACGAUUAGAUGGAUCAAUAAAAGGGGAGCUGAGGAAACAAGCCCUAGAUCAUUUUAAUGCUGAAGGAUCAGAGGAUUUCUGCUUUUUGCUUUCCACAAGAGCUGGAGGUUUAGGAAUUAACUUAGCCUCAGCUGACACUGUUGUUAUAUUUGAUUCUGAUUGGAAUCCACAGAAUGAUCUUCAGGCACAGGCUAGAGCUCAUCGAAUUGGGCAGAAGAAGCAGGUGAACAUUUAUCGUCUGGUUACAAAGGGAUCAGUUGAAGAGGAUAUUCUUGAAAGGGCCAAAAAGAAGAUGGUUUUAGAUCAUCUUGUGAUUCAAAGAAUGGACACCACUGGGAAGACAGUACUACACACAGGUUCUGCUCCCUCAAGUUCUACUCCUUUCAAUAAAGAAGAGUUAUCAGCCAUUUUAAAGUUUGGUGCUGAGGAACUUUUUAAGGAGCCUGAAGGAGAAGAACAAGAGCCCCAGGAAAUGGAUAUAGAUGAAAUUUUGAAGAGGGCUGAAACCCAUGAAAAUGAACCAGGCCCUUUAACCGUUGGAGACGAAUUACUUUCUCAGUUCAAGGUUGCCAACUUUUCAAAUAUGGAUGAGGAUGACAUUGAGUUGGAACCUGAAAGAAAUUCAAAGAAUUGGGAAGAAAUCAUUCCUGAAGAUCAAAGAAGACGAUUAGAAGAAGAAGAAAGACAAAAGGAACUUGAAGAAAUUUAUAUGCUCCCAAGAAUGAGAAAUUGUGCAAAACAGAUUAGCUUCAAUGGAAGUGAAGGGAGGCGCAGCAGAAAUAGGAGAUACUCUGGAUCUGAUAGCGAUUCGAUCUCAGAAAGGAAAAGGCCAAAGAAACGUGGAAGACCACGAACUAUCCCUCGGGAAAAUAUUAAAGGAUUUAGUGAUGCAGAAAUUCGGCGGUUUAUCAAGAGUUAUAAGAAAUUUGGUGGCCCUCUGGAAAGAUUAGAUGCAAUUGCUCGAGAUGCUGAAUUAGUUGAUAAGUCAGAGACAGAUCUCAGACGACUAGGAGAAUUGGUACAUAAUGGUUGCAUUAAAGCUUUAAAGGACAAUUCUUCAGGAACAGAACGAACAGGUGGCAGACUUGGAAAAGUUAAGGGUCCAACAUUCCGAAUAUCAGGCGUACAGGUGAAUGCCAAGCUAGUCAUCUCCCAUGAAGAAGAAUUAAUACCAUUGCACAAAUCCAUUCCUUCAGAUCCAGAAGAAAGAAAACAGUACACCAUCCCAUGCCACACAAAGGCAGCUCAUUUUGAUAUAGACUGGGGCAAAGAAGAUGAUUCCAAUUUGUUAAUUGGUAUCUACGAAUAUGGCUAUGGAAGCUGGGAAAUGAUAAAAAUGGAUCCUGACCUCAGUCUGACACACAAGAUUCUUCCAGAUGAUCCUGAUAAAAAACCACAAGCAAAACAGUUACAGACACGUGCAGACUACCUCAUCAAAUUACUUAGUAAAGAUCUUGCAAGAAAAGAAGCUCAGAGACUUUCUGGUGCAGGAGGUUCAAAGAGGCGAAAAGCAAGAGCUAAGAAGAAUAAAGCAAUGAAGUCUAUAAAAGUAAAAGAGGAAAUAAAAAGUGAUUCUUCUCCCUUGCCCUCAGAAAAGUCUGACGAAGAUGAUGAUAAGGAUGAGAUCACUUCUGUGAAACAUCCAAAUAAAAAAAUUAAAACAGAAGGAGACAGUGAAGAGAAACCUGAGCCAGAUGUUUGUAUAAAGAAGGAACCAGAAGAAAAGAGGGAAGCAAAAGAAAAGGAAAAUAAAAGAGAACUUAAAAGGGAGAUAAAAGAAAAAGAGGAUAAGAAAGAUAUAAAGGAAAAAGAUUUUAAAGAGAAAAGAGAAAACAAAGUAAAAGAAGCUAUACAAAAAGAAAAAGACAUAAAGGAAGAAAAGUUGAACGAAUCUAAAUCUGAGAGCAAGGAAAGGUCUAAGAAAUCUUCAUUGUCAGAUGCUCCAGUUCAUAUCACUGCAAGUGGUGAACCGGUUCCCAUAUCUGAAGAAUCUGAAGAGCUGGAUCAGAAAACAUUCAGCAUUUGUAAAGAAAGAAUGAGACCUGUCAAAGCAGCUUUGAAGCAACUUGAUAGGCCUGAGAAAGGCCUUUCAGAAAGAGAACAACUGGAACAUACUAGACAGUGCUUAAUAAAAAUUGGAGACCAUAUCACUGAAUGUCUGAAAGAGUAUACAAAUCCUGAACAGAUCAAGCAGUGGAGGAAAAACCUGUGGAUUUUUGUAUCGAAGUUUACUGAGUUUGAUGCAAGAAAAUUACAUAAAUUAUAUAAGCAUGCUAUUAAAAAACGGCAGGAAUCUCAGCAAAAUAAUGACCAGAACAGCAACUUGAAUACUCAAGUCAUUAGAAAUCCAGAUGUGGAAAGAUUAAAAGACAAUACAAAUCAUGAUGAUAGCAGCAGGGACAGUUAUUCAUCCGAUCGACACUUAUCUCAGUAUCAUGAUCACCAUAAAGACCGACAUCAGGGAGAUUCUUAUAAAAAGAGUGACUCUAGGAAAAGACCCUAUUCUUCCUUUAGUAAUGGUAAAGAUCAUCGUGAUUGGGAUCACUACAAGCAAGACAGCAGAUAUUACAGUGAUAGAGAGAAACACAGAAAACUGGAUGAUCACAGGAGUAGAGACCACAGGUCCAGUUUGGAAGGAAGUUUAAAAGACAGAACUCAUUCUGAUCAUCGUUCUCAUUCAGAUCAUCGGUUACAUUCAGACCAUCGGUCAAGUUCUGAAUAUACACACCAUAAAUCUUCCAGGGAUUAUAGGUAUCAUUCAGAUUGGCAAAUGGACCACAGAGCUUCCAGUAGUGGCCCUAGAUCACCACUAGAUCAGAGGUCUCCUUAUGGCUCCAGAUCUCCCUUUGAACACUCAAUUGAACACAAAAAUACACCUGAGCAUACCUGGAGUAGUCGGAAAACAUAACAAAAACUGAUACUGUCUUUCUGGAUUUUUCUUUUAGCCAUAUAUCAUAAACCAACACAGUAAUUGCCUUACAUGACUUGAAAGAUAUAAACAGAUCUUCUAUCAGUAGCAGUAUUGUUACUUCUUUCCAGGAUGCAAGGUCUAUUAUCCAAACAGAAGAGAAAAUAUUUUUAUAUUUAAGGAUUAUGCUGCACUGUACUACAAAUAUUGUAGUACUUUUUUUUUUUUCUUUUUUAAAGAAAUGGAAAAUGUUUACUAUUACAGGGACCUCAACACUGCCCUUCCAUAUAGGCUGGAUAAAAACUGUUUUUAAGUCAGUGAUUUUAGACUGACCUCCAUUUAAAUUAUGUUUGUAUAUGAACUUUACUCUGACCUGUGAUCAUGUUUCAGGAAGGAAUGAAAGAGAGUCUUUUCUUAAUAAAGAAAACACACUCAAGGACUUUGUUCACUUUCCAAAGCUACUUGUUUACAUUGUACACUGCGACCACCUUGCCGCUUUUCAUCACAAGCUUGAAUAUUUAAAUUCUGUACUUAUAUCUGUAAAAUAGCCAGGAAUUUCCUGUUUGUGAUUAUUAUGCCUUUUUACACACACAAACAAUGGCUGUAAAUUAUUGUAAAUGGAUUAAAUGAGCUUUCCUUAUUUCCUUCCCCUUCUCAGGCUUUUUUUGACUGUUCCUUUCCCUACCAACUCAGGCCUUCUUAUCAUUUAAAAAAUAUAUAUCAGUGUAAUAACACUUUUUAAUGAUUUGUCUUGAUGGAAUCAUUAUUUAGAAUGUAAAAAAUGGGGAAAGGGGCCACUUAAUUCCAUUAGUCCUUUUUAUAUUGACUUUUAUUAGAUACAUGUUAUUUCCUUUUUCUCCCUUUUUUAAGUCAAAAUAUUGUGUAUGUAGUGACAAAAUGGUGAGAUAUGUAAAAAUCUAAACUGCAUGCUCUGGAAACCUUUUCAGAUGCAUUUGGUUUAAAAGGGUAGGUGUAUGAACACUUUCAGAAUCCAAACGGCCAAAAGUUAUUGUAAAUCCAUUUGUUUUCCUUUUCAUGUGGGCAAUAAUGUCAAAUGUGCUAUGCAGCCAGGUAACAUUUUAGAUAAACUUGAUUGACUUUUAAUAAAAACUGUUACAGUGCACACUGAUUGUAUAUAAAAACCUUAUAUAUGACAAAUUAAAUUUAAGAAAAAGGAUAUGUGGGCUCCUGUAAUUUUCUGCUGCAUUCUUAUUCCCUCAAGCACUUAGCUUUUUUUUUUUUUAAGUAGUAACAUUUAGUUUCCAGAAAAGGAUAUUUUGGUAAGCAGUUGGAGAGCUAAUGUGUAGCACUACCACUAAAUCUAUUUUGAAGACCAUUUAAAUCUAUGAAGUAAAAUUUAGAUCAUAGAAAUCUUUGUUGGAUUCUUUUUUUUUCCCUGCAGAUAUUAUUUUAGAAUGCCUUAUAUUUAUUUACAGAUUUUUAUUUUGAUAUACUCAGUGGGAAUUUUUUAAUCAUGCGGCAUACAUAUGUUUUCUGUAAUGUAACAAAUUUGAACCUUAACUUUGAUAAAUAUAAGAGUGUAUUGAUAUAUUCCUAUAAUAUUCUUAAAUGUCUCUUGAGCUAUGGGAGUGAUGUACAGAAAUUUGUCCAUAGAUGUAUUUUUUAAUAUUUUCCUUUUAUCUAGUUAGGUCUAAAAUUUACACUAUGUGUACAAAACAAAGCUUCUUUAUCCCCUCCCACCUUUUUUUUUUAAAGCAAUGAUUCCUCUUUUAUUAGUUACCCUGAAUGUAAAGACUACAUCCUGGUAUGUCAGAUAACAUGAAGAAUAACUCAAUUUUUAAAUAUCUAAUUAUAAUUAAAUGUAAAAGUGAUGAAACAAUUUAGUGUUGGUAUACAUUUUUUAAGCCUUUCACUUUUUCCACUAUUAGUAAAAAAUGAUUUUUUAUUACACAAGAUAGCAUUUAUUAAAAAAUUAUAAUGCUUAAUAAAGUCAUAAUCAUUAACCCAGCAAACAGAUUAGGGUUGGCAUUUUUAGCUCAUCACUUUGUAGCUGGGAUAUUUGCAUUAUAUCCUAUUGUGAAAAUUUCAUAGAACAGUAUUACAUUUUUUGAGACAAUGGAAUGGGCUCUAACUUUAACAAUGCUACGUUUAAAUAUUUCAGCCAACAAAUUUGCUGAGUUGAAUGAAAAAUCUAAAUAUGUAACAUUUAUCAAUUGAUAUUAUUUAUUAUUUGUAAGAAUCAGCCAUUACAUAGAAAAGGAACAAGCCAUAAGUUAUUUUAAAGACACAAUGGAGAAGAACUUUAGUACAUAGCUAUAACAGGAAAACCUUCUCUAUAAAAUAUGCUUAAUUUUCGUCUUUUUACGUGCUCCUUCUGAUUUGCUAUUUUUAUCCAUUUGUGUUUAAUUUCUCAAGGAUGAGAGUACUGUAUCAAUUAACCCUUCACCCUAAUAAUAUACAAUAAAUGAUUCUUACUAAAAGCAAUGGCCUGUUUGCAUAUAAAGAAAAUACUCUUUGUUUAGGAUAUGUCAGAAACUAAUUUUCAGACUGGAGAACUGGAGUGUGGAUGAUUCAUUCAUUAAUUUCAGAGUGAUUGGGCUUAAUAAAAUUAGAACCUUUACAGUUGCAUAAAACAGUUUACAUGUAUAAUUUUCCUUUUGUGAUCUGUUUUUGUACUUAAUGAAAGGGUUGUGUAGAUUGAUUAUAUGUUGAUUUAGAGAUUUCAUUUCCUUGAGAUUUAUCAAGAAUAUGCACAAAGGGUAAAUGGCAUAAUUCUGUCUUUGCAGUACAUUACUGUUUCUGACUAGAAAAAUGAUCAUUGGAUUAUGAAUUUUUAAGGUGGGAGGAUUUGAAAAAGUAACUAAUCAUUAAGUAUGGAAUUUUUUUUCCCCUGGACUUUCCCAGCUUCAUCAGAAACAAUUUAAAUGUGAACUGGUAAAUGUGGCUUAAUUGUUAAAAUUUUGAGUAGUUCAUUACUUAGCAAAAAAAAAAA